AUGCAUUUAUACAUAGGAUCAACUUCCCCACCUGACCAAACUGAAAAAACCAAUCCGUCAUCUACUCAAGAAGAAACGAAAAAAGAACAAUUGACUACAAUUGCUUCAGUUAACACAGAUUAUGAACAGGAUGCAACACAAAAAAAUAAGGAACGGAUAACUACAACUCUCGCUAUACUUGGUGACAAUCAGUUAGCAGAGGACAAAGAACUAACUACAGUUCGUUCAUCUCUUGUUACAGAAGAACAGGCAGAAGCAAUAAUUACAACGCAACGACCAACAACAGGUUCUCCUUUACCAGUGGAACUUGAAAUGGAAGACAUACAAUCGUCAACUGAACUAGCUACAAACCCUUCUACCUCUACUGUGGAUGAUUUUAAUGAACAAAAUCAAACCUCGGAUGGACCACGUAUGGCUUCUUCUCUCUCUUCUGUGGAUAGUUACACAGAGACACAACAAAUAAUAGAUGGACCAUCUCCACUUCCUCCUAGUAAUACUGCUGAUAUUAUAACAGAAAGACAAGAAAUAAUAGGUGGAUCAUCUUCAACUCCUCAAACUGGGGAUAACCUAACAGAAACACAAGAAGCAAUAGACAGAUUAUCUUCAGUUAUUCCUUCUUCUACUGAGGAUAUUUCGAUAGAAAUACAAGAUAUAACAGAUGAGUUACCUUCAGUUUCUUCUACUUCUACUGUGGAGAACCUAACAGAAAUACAAGAAAUAACAGAUGAAUCGUCCUCAUAUCCUCCUACCCCUACUGUGGAUAGCCUAACAAAAGAACAAGAAAUAAUAGAUGGAUCAUCUUCAUUUCCUUAUACGACUACUUUGGAUGGCCUAGCAGAAAGACAGGGGGUAAUCGAUGGGUCAUCGCAUUCAACUCAUUCUACUUCUACUGCAGAUGAUUUAACAGGCAUACAAGAAAUAAUAAAUGGGUCAUCUUUAGUUCUUCCUACUUCUACUUUGGGUGCACUAACAGAAAUAAAAGAAAUAACAGAUGAAUCAUCCUCAGAUCCUCUUACUGUGGAUAGCCUCACACAAAGUCAAGAAAUAAUAACUGGAUCACCUACAGUUACUUUUACUUCUAUUGUGGACAAUCUAACAGAACAAGAACUAAUAGAUGGACCAUCUUCAUUUACUUCUAUGACUACUUUGACUAAUCUAACAGAAAGACAAGAAGUAACAGAUGGAACAUCUUCAGUUCCCCCUACUUUUGCUGUGGAUAACCAAACAGAAAGUCAAGAAAUAAUAUAUGGGCCUUCAAUUUCUUCUAGUUCUACUGUGAGUAACCAAACAGAAACACAAGAAGUAAGAGAUAUAUCAUCUUCUGUCCAUCCUACUUUUACUGUAGAUGCCUUAAUAGAAAAAGCAGAUAUAAUAAAUGAGUCAUUUUCAGUUCCUUCCAUUUCUACUGUUGAGUACCUAACAGAAAUACAAGAAAUAACAGAUGGAUCAUCCUCAGAUCCUUCUGCUUUUACUGUGGAUAGCCUAACAGAAAAACAAGAAAUAGUAGAUAGAUCACCUUCAGUUUCUGCUAUUUCUAAUGUGGAGAACCUAACAGAAAUACAAGAAAUAACAGAUAAAUCAUUCUCAGAUCUUUCUACUUCUACUGUGAAUAGCCUAACAGAAACUCAAAAAUUAAUUGAUGGAUCAUUCUCACUUCCUUCUACUACUUCUUUGGAAAACCUAACAGAAAAACAAGAGGCAAUGGAUGGGUCACCUUCAGUUUCUUCGACUUCUGCUGUGGAGAACCUAACAGAAAUGCAAGAAAUAACAGAUGAAUCGUCCUCAUAUCCUCCUACCCCUACUGUGGAUAGCCUAAAAAAAGAACAAGAAAUAAUAGACGGAUUACCUGAAAUUACUUUUACUUCUAUUGUGGAUAACCUAACAGAAGAACAAGAAAUAACAAGCCGACCACCUUCAGUUACUUCUGCUACUACUUUAGGUAGUCUAACAGAAAAACAAGAAGUAAUAGAUGAGUCAUCUUCGGUUCCUUCUACUUCUAUUGUGGAUGAGAUAACAGAAAGAGAAGAAAUAAUAGAUAGAUCAUCUUCAUUUACUUCUACGACUACUUUGGGUAGUCUAACAGAAAAACAAGAAGUAAUAGAUGAGUCAUCUUCGGUUCCUUCUACUUCUAUUGUGGAUGAGAUAACAGAAAGACAAGAAGUAAUAGAUGAGUCAUCUUCGGUUCCUUCUACUUCUAUUGUGGAUGAGAUAACAGAAGAACAAGAAAUAACAAGCAGACCAUCUUCAUUUACUUCUGCUACUACUUUAGGUACUCUAACAGAAAGGCAAGAAGUAAUAGAUGAGUCAUCUUCGGUUCCUUCUACUUCUAUUGUGGAUGAGAUAACAGAAAGGCAAGAAGUAAUAGAUGAGUCAUCUUCGGUUCCUUCUACUUCUAUUGUGGAUGAGAUAACAGAAAGAGAAGAAAUAAUAGAUGGAUCAUCUUCAUUUACUUCUACGACUAAUUUGGGUAGUCUAACAGAAAAACAAGAAGUAAUACAUGAGUCGUCUUCGAUUCCUUCUUCUUCUUUUGCGGAUGACAUAACAGAAGAACAAGAAAUAACAAGCAGACCAUCUUCAUUUACUUCUACGACUACUUUGGGUAGUCUAACAGAAAAACAAGAAGUAAUAGAUGAGUCGUCUUUGGUUCCUUCUUCUUUUGCGGAUGACAUAACAGAAGAACAAGAAAUAACAAGCAGACCAUCUUCAUUUACUUUUGCUACUACUUUAGAUGGAUCAUCUUCAUUUACUUCUACGACUACUUUGGGUAGUCUAACAGAAAAACAAGAAGUAAUAGAUGAGUCAUCUUCGGUUCCUUCUACUUCUAUUGUAGAUGAGAUAACAGAAAGAGAAGAAAUAAUAGAUGGAUCAUCUUCAUUUACUUCUACGACUACUUUGGGUAGUCUAACAGAAAAACAAGAAGUAAUAGAUGAGUCAUCUUCGGUUCCUUCUAUGUCUACUGCGGAUGACAUAACAGAAAGAAAAGAAGUAGUAGAUGGAUCAUCUUCAAUUCCUUCUACGACUACUUUGGGUAGUCUAACAGAAAGACAAGAAGUAAUAGAUGAGUCGUCUUCGGUUCCUUCUUCUUCUCUUGCGGAUGACAUAACAGAAAGAGAAGAAGUAAUAGAUGGAUCACCUUCAUUUCCUUCUAAUUUUACUGCAGACAACUUAGCAGAAAAACAAAAUAUAAUAGAUGAGUCACAUUCAGUUCCUUCUAUUUCUACUGUGGAAAACCUAACAGAAAUACAAGAAAUAACAGAUGAGUCAUCCUCAGUUACUCCUAUUUCUACUUUAGAUAAUCUAACAGAAAGAAAAGAAAUAGUACAUGGGUCAUCUACAGCUACUUUUACUUCUACUGUGGAUAAUCUAGCAGAAAAACAAGAAGUGAUACAUGGGGCACCUUCAGUUCCUUCUAUUUCUACUGUGGAAAACCUAACAGAAAUACAAGAAAUAACAGAUGAAUCAUCCUCAGUUACUCCUAUUUCUACUUUAGAUAAUCUAACAGAAAGAAAAGAAAUAGUACAUGGUUCAUCUACAGCUACUUUUACUUCUACUGUGGAUAACCUAGCAGAAAAACAAGAAGUGAUAGAUGGGUUACCUUCAGUUCCUUCUACUUCUGCUGUGGAUUAUACAACAGAAAGAGAAGAGAUAAUAGAUGGACCAUCUUCAGUUUCUCCUGUGAAUCUAACAAGAACACAAGAAGUAAUAGAUGAACCAUCUUCUGAUUCUUCAACAGUUAUUGGUGAUAACCUACCACAAAGACAAGAAACAAUUGAUAGACAACCUAUAAUUCGUCCUACCUCUAAUGUGGGUACCUUAGAAAAACAAGAGUCGACAGAGACACCUACUACAACACACUUUGUUUUUUAUACCUUGAAUGACUUAACAGAAACACAAGAAAUAACGGAUGGUUCACUUACAGUACUUCCUACAUCUAAUGCAGUUAACUUAACAGAAAGACCAGAAACGUCUGAAGAACAUGAUGCUGUUUCUACUUUGGAUAUCAUAUCUGAAAAACUAAAAAUGACAGAUAGAGAUUCUGCAGUCCUUGCAGCCCUUACUGUAAAAGGCCAGACAGAAAGGCAAGCUACAUCAGAUGAAUUAACCACAGUUCCUAUAGCUCUUACUGGACAUGAACAAACAGAAAGACAAAAAACGCCAAGUGAAUCAAGUACCGUUCCUCAAGAUUUUACCGUGGAUGAACAAACGGAAAGACAAGAAACGCCAAGUGAAUCAAGUACAGUUCACACUUUUUUAAUUAUAAAUGGUCAAACAGAAAGCCUAGAAACAUCAAAUGAAUCAACUAUAGUUCCUCAAGAUUUUACUGUGGAUGAACAAACGGAAAUACAAGAAACAUCAUAUGAACCAACCACAGCUCGACCAAGUAAAGUUCCUGAAGAUUUUACCGUAGAUGAUCAAAAACAAAGACAAGAAACUUCAGAUGGGCCAGUGACACUCCCUACUGAUUUUGCUAAAGGUCACCAAACGGAAAGGCAAGAAAUAUCAGAUGACUCAAGCACAGAUUCUGUAGCUAUUAUUGUAGAUAAUGACACACAAAGACAAGAAACGUCAGAUCCACCAACUACAGUUUCUUUUACUGUAUAUGACAAACCAGAAAGACGAGAAAUGUCAAAAGAAUCAACUACAGUUCCUGAAUAUUUUACUGUGAGUCAACAAACAGAAAGACAAGAAACGUCAAAUAAUUCAACUACAGUUCUUAAAGGUUUUACUACAGAUGAGCAAACAGAGAUACAAGAAACGUCAGAUGGACCAACCCAAGUUUCUUCUACCUUUGUUGUGAAUAACUUAACAAAAAGAACAGAAAUAUCAAGUGGAAUAACCAAAACUUUCAUUGAUGAAACUGAAAAUGAUUUACCGGGAAGACGUCAUAUAUCAGACGAAAAAACUUUUGCCUCUACUGAGGAUGAUAUUAUUGAGAGACAAGAAAUAUUAGGUGGAACAACUGCAGUUUUUUCUGCCUAUACUACAGAUGACCAAAAAGAAGAAGAAUGGGGACAGCAUGGAACAACUAAGCUUUAUUCCCUUUCUACUGUAGCUGAUCUUACUGCAAGACAAGAAGCAAUAGAUGGAACAACUGCGGUUCCUUCUACCUCUGCUGUAGAUGACCGAACAGGAAUACAAGAGACAUUACUGGAAGCAACCACAUUUCCUUCUAAUGUCACUGUGGAUGAUCUAGCAAAAAAAGAAAAAAAUAUUAAUGUAACAACUACAGUUGUUUCUGUUUCUAAUAUGGAUUCUUUAAUAGAAAGACAACAAAUAUUAAAUGAAUCAUCUGUAUCGGAAGAUGAACAACAAGAAAAUCAGAACAAGUCAAAUGAUCAAACUGAUGCUUUUACAGAAGAAGAACGAAUAGUAAAACAAGAGACUCCUCAAGAUUUUACCACAGUUCCUUUAACGUCUACCAUCAUUGAAGUAAGAGAUGGUGUAGAAACGGCUGAUAUAUCAAAUUUAGCCACUUCUGCAUCCACUGUGUCUGAAGGACAUAAAACCACACAUGUAAGGACAACAUUAAUCUCUGCCACUAACGAAGUUAGUCUAACAGAAAUACAAGAAAAUGAAAAUGGAACAAUAUCAUCACUUUCUCUUUUCUCUGAGGAUAAACAAAUUGGUCAAAAUACAACAUAG